AUGAUCGAAAAUCAGUCAGAGAAGAGCGGCGGCCAGAUAUUAGAGCACAACAAUAAUAGCAGCAGCAGUCGCGACAUUGAGAAUAAUUUUCUGAGUGAAGGCUCUACUCCUCCUAUCUCGAGUGGUGCUACUACACCUCCGCCAAAGCCUGUCUUACCAGAAGGUGGCCGGCAAGGAUGGUUGGCAGUGUUGGCUUGUUGGUGUAUUAUGUUCAACACAUUUGGAUAUAUCAAUGCUUUUGGCAUUUUCGAGGCAUAUUACAAAAGCACUAUAUUGCCUCAUGAAAGUCAAUCCAGCAUUGCUUGGAUAGGAUCCAUCCAAGUCUUUUUCAUGUUUUCAGCAGGACUCAUAUCUGGUCCGCUAAUGGACCGAUAUGGACCAAGACCGAUUCUGAUUCCAUGCUCAUUCCUCUUUAUUCUGUCGGUUAUGCUCACAAGUUUGUGUCGCGAAUAUUAUCAAUUCAUUCUCGCACAAGGCAUACUAGGAGGUCUCACCAAUGGUCUUACGUAUACUCCUGCGCUGGCCGCAGUUGGACACUAUUUUUCGAAGAAACGACCUCUUGCCAUGGGUAUUGCUUCGACCGGCGCUUCAAUCUCCGGCAUUACACUCCCAAUUGCUCUUAACCGUCUCCUUAAUCAAACGACAGUCGGCUUUGGAUGCUCGAAUGCGCCCAAAAGACGCAGUGGACCUCCUCUCCUGCUGAAAGCUUGGAAGAAUCGAGCGUAUUCGCUCCAGGUCGCUGGUACAUUUCUGGUGAUAUGGGCUGUCUUCGUCCCAUUAUUCUACCUGCCAGGGUUUGGACAAUCCAUCGGAUUGAGCGUGGAUUUGUCUUUUUAUCUCCUUGCAAUCCUCAACGCAGCAUCGCUGUUUGGUCGACUUCUUGGCGGCGCGGCUGCUGAUCGCAUGGGUCGAAUCAACACUUUAUCAUUCGCCUGCCUAAUCUGCGGUAUUCUGAUUCUCUGCUGGUUACCUAUUCGAACCCAGGGAGCGAUUAUCGCAUUCGCAGCUCUGUUUGGAUUCUUUUCCGGAGCAGUCAUUGCUGUGUUUCCGGCGACAAUUGCCAUGACGGCGCCUCAACCAAACGAAAUCGGGUCGUAUCUGGGAAUGGCGUUGGGUGUGUACAGUUUUGCAGGUUUGAGUGGCACGCCCAUCACGGGAGCCAUGAUCAACGAUCAUAACUCGUACCGUCCAGCAAUCACUUUUGCCGGCGUGUCAGCCUUGCUCGGAGCGCUGAUCAUAUUCGCGUCGAGGUAUUAUAUUGCAGCAACCAGGAUGGUUGUGUGA